ACUCACUCUCUCCCCCUUCUCUAAAACGUCGCCUUCAUUGCCAUCAUUUCUCUCUUCCUGAUCUUCCUCUGUUUCGCCACUCCUUUCUUUGUUUAUUUCCUUUUCUUGUUUUCUUCGUCAUCGUUCGUUUUCAACGCUGAGAUUGAAAAUCAUCCGCAUACGUCAAAGUCCAGAAGAAAAUCUUCUGGGAUCGUCUUUUCAGAGAAAGGCUCAACUGGGAGGGUUGUGGUAUGGAUCUGUGUGCUGUUCAUGUCAAGAACAUUACUCGGAGCUCUCUUUUGGUCGGAAACUCGUUUUGCGAGAGACCCGCUUCUGGCUGGACUUUGGUAAGGACGAGAAUUUCUUCCAGAGUUGAAGAUGGGCGAAUUUUUGGGAUCAAAAUUUCCAAGCGCAAGGUCUGCUAUAAAGGGUAUCAGCCAUUUGCUGUGAAAGCUAUGGGGAAGAAGAAUAAUGAUAAUUCAUCGUCUUCAGGAGAUGGUGAGCAGUCUCUCCCAGAAGGAGAUGGUGCUAGAGAUAACAAAUCCUCUGAUGACAAGAAGUCAGACAUGAAUACUGCGAAACCUAAUCGUACCGAUUUGGACUGGAGAGAAUUCCGAGCAAAGCUAUUCAGAGAUGAGCUGAAAGAAGUAGCAGAAUCUGAUACUCACAACCAAGGUGGGACAUUGCACAGUUCCAAACCUCUGGGCUCAAAGUGGGCUCACCCUAUUCCGGUACCUGAGACUGGCUGUGUACUUGUUGCCACGGAAAAGCUUGAUGGCAUUCGCACAUUUGAAAGAACUGUUGUACUUCUUCUCAGAUCUGGAACUAGGCACCCACAAGAAGGGCCUUUUGGAGUUAUCAUCAAUCGCCCUCUUCACAAAAGGAUCAAAAACAUAAAUCCCACAAAUCUUGAUCUAGCAACCACGUUCUCUGACUGCUCUUUGCAUUUUGGCGGACCUCUUGAGGCAAGCAUGUUUUUGUUAAGAACAGCGGAGAAGUUGAAGCUGCCAGGAUUCGAAGAGGUGAUCCCGGGCCUCUGCUUUGGAGCUCGAAACAGUUUGGUUGAAGCUGCUGUGCUUGUGAAGAAGGGAAUACUGAAGCCUCAGGAUUUCAGAUUCUUCGUUGGCUAUGCUGGAUGGCAAUUGGAUCAGUUGAGAGAGGAGAUUGAGUCAGAUUAUUGGUAUGUGGCUGCUUGUAGCUCAAGCUUGCUUUGUGGGGCUUCAACGGAUUCCUCAGAAAAUUUGUGGGGUGAGAUUUUGCAGCUAAUGGGUGGCCAUUACUCCGAACUGAGCCGGAAGCCAAAGCAAGAUAUGUAGUUUCUAAGCUAUCUAUGCUUCAUGAAUUAAAGUCUCCUGACAAAUGAAGCAUGCUUUGUAAUCAGGAUGUUUUGUUGGGAAGGCAAAAAUGUACAUAAGUUCGCUUUAUGCUAAAUUCUUGGAUCUCUCUCCUCGCGUCUUCACUAUAUAUUAUUAAUUUCAAUCGGAAUUUCACUC